UUUGUAAACCGAUCCGGUUAAGUCGGUCCGGUGACGUAAAGCGGAUUCGAACCGGGUCGGGAGAGCAAAACGAGCUCGAUCGCGCACGAACGGGAGAGCUCGAGCUUUUUCCCGAAGCGAAAAUGGCGUCGUCGUUGCUACGGCGAGCUUCGUCCCAACUCGCUCGUCUCCCUCCCCUUCUCCUCCCCUCCUCUCUCGGCGCUCCCUUCUCCCUUGGCCCCUCCAUGGCCCCCUCCGUCCCUCGCUUCGCGUUCGGCGCAUCCAUGGAUCUCAUGGCCGUUCCAAAGAAGAAGGUCUCGCGCCAUAAGAAAGGGUUGAGAAAUGGACCGAAAGCUUUGAAACCCGUCCCAGUAAUUAUCCGAUGCAAGAGUUGUGGUCGAGUUAAGCUGCCGCACUUCUACUGUUGCAGCGGGGACAGAGGAAGCAGCAGUUCUAGUUGAUAAGAAAAUUCUAUUUGUAAUGCUUCCUUUGGUUAAUACUUAAUAAGACUGGUGGGAUUCUAUAAUUUCCCUGCAUACAAUUACUUUUGUUACCUUUAUGAAGAAAUAUGUUCUCAUCAUUUCCCUUCUUUCGUUAUUCCAAACUAGUUAUGUUAAAGAGAUUCUUCUCUGUGUUGUUGGUGUUCGAAUGAAGUAGCAGUUGUUAUCUCCCCACUUGUAUCUUUAGAAGGUGGUGAUAGUAGAAGGUGAUGGCAGUAAUGGUGGUGAGAAUGGCCUUAUCAAUGAAGUGAGGAUUAUGAUUU